AGAAGCAUGAAACAAAUUUUCAUGGCAUGUCCAUUCCUUUUGCUGAGCUGUUUGCUGUUUCGUUCCUGGCUUUACUUCCAGUUCAGGUUUAUUGGGCGUCCUCAUGUCUGGUGAAUUCACCGCACCUUUUUUAAUAGGCGACACUGCGGUCCAUUGGAAAAAGCGAAGGAUGCGAUGUCCCCUCUAAAUACCAUACAGCGAUUGGGACUUUUUGUUUCGUUUUGUAUCGUUUUGUUUGUUUUGUUUUGUUUUGUUUCUGUUUUUGGUUUUGGUUUUGGUUUUUUUGUUUCGCUCUGGACUUUAUUCAGUAUCAACUGUGAGGCCCCUAAGCGUGAGUAUGGCACUAUGCUGGUAUGUAGCCGUAUCUUGCGUAACCGGGCGAAGAGCAGUAUGCGCUUGAGCAGCUCGGUCGACAAAUGCGCAAAGGUACAACUCUUCGCUUAUCCUUCGAUAAGUCUGAGCAGAAACCUGAAUGUGUUUUUUCCGCCAUCUCAAGGUUCCUGGCAACUUUCUCAUUUCAGUCCAAUCUUUUUUAGUCUCAAGGACCCCCAGCUCACGCAACAGUAGUUCUCAGACUAGCCCAGAUGAGUGAUUUGAGAAGGGCCAUUCCAGGGACAGGGUACAUCUAGACUCGAUUGAACGGAGUCAGGUUGACCGGGCAUGUAUUGGUUUUACUUCAAAAUCAAUAAUGUAGCCAUGAGGCAACAAGAACGUGGGAAGGAAAUGACACUUUCAGCUUCAAUAUCUCCUCUUGUGAUCACAAGGGGUCUGUUCUGA